GAUAAGGUAAUCCAAGAAUCUCCCAACUCACAAAGAGUAGUAGUGAUUUGUCUCUCUAUCCACCUUGCAAAAACACCUCAAAAACUCACUCUUAGUAGCAGAAAAAAAUAAUAGAAAGAAAGGGGCAAUGGAAGUGGCUAUGUCUUUGAAUCCAUUGGUUAGAUUACCCCUUUCAAAUUCAAGAAACCAUGAAGAUUUUUCACUGCUUAAACAUUCAGUUGUUUCCACAACAAGAAGAACAACCCAGAAGAGAAAAUUGUUAGUGGUUGAAGCAAAAGGAAGGAAAGGAGGUAUGGCUGCUCGUCAGUACCAACGUAUGGCUCCUCCUAUGCCCAAGAUUGAAGAUGAUGGAAACCCUAAAUUCGUUAUUUUUAUACGAAUGGCUAAUGUUUAUCUUUGGUACCCCCUCAAUAUCGUAACAGGUGGCACGACUGCAAAAAUUAUGGUUGCUGCAAAAGACAACUUCCUUGGGAAAUAUAUAUACAAAGAUACUCUAGCUAGGAAUCUCGCGGCAGUGAUUUACAAUGAUGAGAAGGAAAUACAGAAAUUGGCAAUGAAACAGCAUCGUGUAUUGAAGUCUGCCACAGAAUUUAGAUAUGGAUACAAACUUGUUGAGAAUAACAAUUUGAGGGCUGCCCUUUCGACCUCAGAUGUGAUUGAGCUUCCGACCCCAGAUAAGCUUAAAACAGUUGUUGAUAAGGUGAAGGAUUUCUUCGGAGACGCUAAGGAGUCAUUUGGUAAGCUGACAGCUCUUCCAGAGUCAUCAGAGGAAGAUGCACCAAACGAAGGAUCCAAAGAUAAAACAACGGCGAAGAAGUGAAAACAAGCUCCCACAGACGAGGAAACUGAGGAACUAUACUUCAAAGCAUACUUGUUAAACAAAAAGUUUUCAGCCCUUUGAUUUUUCAUGCUUUUGAUUGAUUAGAUUGUAAUAUACUCGAAAAACGCUACUGGAAAAUUUUGUUAAACAACCUCAAUUUGGUUAGAUAAAUGUAUGAGCAAGUCUUUUGUUAAUGUGAAAUGUGUUAUAAUCUA